AUGUUAAUUUCAAAGACUGAUAAUGAAGAGUCAGCUGAAACAGCUGUUCAUUCUACUUAACCUGUUUGUCCAAAUUGUGGAGCUGCAAGGGAGAGUAUUUUAGAAUAAGUGCCAUCUCCAGCAUCAUUUAUAAUUUCAUUUAUCUCUUUAUUUUAUUUUGGAAUUUGGUGCAUAUUUAUCAUACCUUUAGUAUUUCAAUCAACAAAAGUAUAAAUAAUAAAUAAAGUCUAAGAUGAUAAUAAAGAGAUGUUACUAUUGUAAUCAAGAGUUAGAAAAACGAAAAUAUUUUUAAUUACCAAACAUCAAUGAUUAAGUAUUAUAAUUUAGAUUUGGCAAUUGCAUUGUUGUAGUUUCAAGAAAAUAUGCUUUAAUUUUAUUAACAAUAAUCAUCUGUUUAUUUUUUUACUUUGAAUAUUUUAUAGAAUAAGAACAUCCUAAAAUUGAAACAGAUGUAUAUGCAAACAAAACGUGGGUAGAUUUCUUAUAAUUUUGUGGAAAAUUUCAAUUUGUUGAUAAUGGUCUAAAAGCAAGGCAUUAAUUUGAAAGCUAUUUUUAAAAUAAGAUAGUCUCAUGGAAGGGGUAUUUUCUUAAAACUAUAUUUUAGAGAUUAUAUACAAACAAAACCAAAUCAUGAUCCAAAUUUCUAAUUCAAUUAUUGGGUUUAUUUAAAGAUGGAUCCAACUGAAUCUACUGAAGAUUUACCAGAUAUUGUAUUAGGAGUAAGAAACUCUUAAUAUAAAAUCGAAACAUUUUAAAAACUGGAAAAAGGAAAGCCAAUUCAUUUUGAUGCAAAAUUUCUUUUUUUAGGAUCAGAAUAUAGCUUCCACAUUUUAGAGUUAAAAUAACUUAGCAUAAUACCUUCCGAACUUGUAGAGGAUUUAAAAAACCUUCACUAGUUUACAAUAGAAAUGGAUAAGAUACAAUAAUUAAAAUUAUCAAAAUUAUAAGAGACGAUUAAACAUAAAAUUCAUAUGUACAAUCCAAACCCAAUGUAUGGAAUACAUAAGAUAUUAAAAAAUACCCAAGAAACUUUUAAAAAUAAUGAGAAUACAGAAAAUACUGAAAGAACAACAGAAGUAUAAAAAAAUGAGGGAGAAAAUAUGAAUGAAAAUAUUUAAUAAGGAGAUUAAGAGGGAGAAAAUGAAGCAGUAAAUUAACAGGAUUCAUAAGAAUAAUAAUUUGAUCCUUCAAGUGUAAAUAUAAAAAUAGACGAAUCAAUAAGAGAAGAAAUUCUCUCAAAAGAUUCAAGCAUAAUUGAUGGAAUAAAUGAUGAUGAAAAUAAAAGCCACAAUUAAGAUUGACA